CACAUCCACUAUGGCGGCGGCCAGGAGGAACAAACUCGUGGCGGCCGCACAGCCUGGAUUUUUAAAUCUUAACACAAGUCUUGAUGACGGUGUACCGAACCCCGGUCGGAGAAAGCGUGUCAACAAGAAUAAGAAGAAGAAUUGGAAUAAACACAGUGACAUACAGGACGUUGAGGAUUUCCUGGACGACGUGAGACUACAAGAAAGAGCUACAGGGGGUCUGAUAUCAGAUAAACCAGAUGAAACCCUGUUUUUUGUGGACACUGGGGAAGAGGCCAAAAACAUCCAAAAAGAUGGAGUGCAGAAGAAGGGCAAAGCGUCCCGGCCGCUGAGGAUAGACCUGAUCCUGCAGCACGACUCCCUCGUCCCUCCACCCAAAAAUGUUCUGGCUCACCAGCAGCCUAAUGCAAAGAAACUAAGGCGAAUUGCCCAGAAGGCUGAGCAGCUAGCAGCCAAGGGGGUGUUGCCACGGAGACAGAAGCUACUUCAGAGGAGGAAAGCAGUGGCAGAGACAGAGGUUCCUGUGCAGACCCUAGCCAAUAAUCACCCAGACAGACCAUACUACGACCUGUGGGGUGCGGAAAGUAAAAUGAAUGGAGACCCCUGGUACCUGGAACAGACCAAGAAGAAACUAGUGAAGAGACCAGAGAAGCUGAAUGAGAAACCCUCUGCUUUACCGGCAGUGGAAGUUAUUGCACCAGGCGGCUCCUACAACCCAGAAUUCUUCUCCCACCAGGCCCUGCUGCUUGAGGCCCAUGAGGUGGAGGUGAAGAAGCAGAAAGAGGAGCUAAAGGUGGAGCGCCAGCUGGCCGUGAAUCGGGAGGACACCGCCACAGAGGAGACAGUGUUCCAAGAGCAGGUGGAAGGGCUGCUGGAAGAAGAGGAAGAGGAGGAGCCUGGGGAGGAAGGGGAGGGUCCAACAGAGGACACACAACCCAGCCAGAGCGCCACUCAGGAGAAGAAGACUGAGAAACAAAGGAAGAGGGAGAAGGCAGAGAAAGAAAAGGACCAGCAGAAGCAGGCGGAGCGGGAGUUGAAGGGCAGGCGGCAGCAGCUCUUCCAGCUGCGCUCCAUCAAGGCGGAUCUCAAAAGCAAGGAUCUGCGCACCAAACAGAGACAGGCCCUGCGCCGGGCCCGCCAGGAGGCACAGAAGUCCCUGCCCCGCCGGCUCGGCAAACUCAAGUUCCAGGCUCCGGAUCUGGAGGUGCAGCUGAGUGAUGAGAUCCCGAGCUCCCUGCGCACGCUCAAGCCAGAGGGCAGCAUCCUCAAGGACCGUUUCAAGAGCUUGCAGAAGAGGAACUUGAUAGAGCCCAGAGAAAGAGCCAAGUUCAAGAGGAGACACAAGCUGAAGUACGUGGAGAAGAGAGCCUUCAAGGCGAUCGCUUGAGGACACAGGCUCCCCCUGCAGGCCAGCUGUGGAACAUACCCCGCACCCCCAUCCGUCUCGUGAAAUCUCACUACCACAUUAAUCCAUCCGUUUGCAAUA